CAGGUCUGCAAUCAGGUGACGCGCCUCAAAACUGUCUUCCGCCAGUUUUAAAAAGGCCGAAGUAAAUAUUUAACAGACAGUCCAACAACAAAUAACUCUGCUCAGUGGUCUGCUGUUCGAAUUUUAACAUGUACGGAAUGUGGUCAACGAUAUUCUGGGUUGCAUUUCUCAGUACUGCCAACUGUAGGCCACAAAACCUCCAAUAUGAAAACACAAAAUCAGAUGUAGAGGUUCAACCACAAGAUAUCCUGCAUGUAUCAACCUUCAACAUUUCCAUGAGGGACGAAACAUCUCAGAGGAAAAUCGAAGAAAACACCAAGGAAAUAUUGGAGAAGAUAGACGAGCUGAACAAAAAACAAGGACUAGUCAAAAAGAAGAAACCCACUUAUUUCCACUUUCCUUUUAGUUACUCCAGAUCACAAGAUAAUCCCGAAACCCAGAAACCACAACAUAAAUCUGAAAAUCAGGAAUUCAAAUUCCCAAACAGUCCUUUCGAAAACCCUAUUCUUCAGUACAUAGGACAACAGAAAGAUCUACCUAACCAGUUGAAAUCGUCUUCCUUUCCACUACCAUCUGGAGGCAUCACAGUUGUUGAAACCAACCCCAAAGCUGAUGUUACCGAAGAGGAUGAGGUCCCAGGACAAUACGUCAAAAGAAAAGUUACACAUCAACAAGUAAUGAUAGUACCAAGCGUCCAAACUUACAUGAACAACCGAUAUAACCCCAACUUUCAACAGUAUCAACAAUAUAUGCCAAUCCAACCGAAUCUUGCUAUUCAAAAUUUGCCAAGUUAUUCACCACCAAAUGCAGCACCUGCUCUCUUCAACCCAUUCCCUACAAUACAAGAGGCAAACCUAAAGAAGCCCAUCAAACAGAACGAUAAAACAAAUACUCUAGAAAAUCAGACUCUCAACAAUAUCAAAAAUAUCAUCUACAACUCUCAAGCGACUCCAAAUUAUAUAAACCCUUAUGCUCAACCCAAUCCAUAUUUUCCACCACCAUUGUCUUCGAAUAAAGCAGUGAACAAAAUUGAGAACAGUCAAUAUCCUGCUCUACUAUAUGGACCAUACGUAGUACCAAACUUAGAAGCAGCUCAAAUGACCAGGCAGAUCCAAAUCCAAUCACCUUUAUAUGAUUAUUUUCCCAUUAUGAUCAAAGAUCCUGUUAUGCACUUCUUCACAGCCUUGACCACGAUGGUAGAAUAUGGCCCAAACGCUGGUGCACAAAACGCUGCAUGUAAAGGGAAAGAUGCAACUGACCUAAAGUCUAUCCAGGAUAAAAAACAGAAUCUAGAAAAAGACAACAAGAGUACCCAGGCCUCAAAUGGUAGUUCUUUCUCUAACAACGAAGGUGAGGAAUUGAAAUAUGACCCAGAACACGCUGAAAAUCUCAAUCUUCUGCUGAAAAACUUGACUGAUGAUGGACACAUUACUUUGGAGUUUGAAAAUCCAAAUUUCCAAGAUGAAGAAGAAAAUUCAGGUCGAGGGUUCAAUAUAAGAUUCCCCAAAAAUGAUGAUUUGAAAGAAAAAGAACCUAGAGUAGAAAGGUUGGCAUCUUCUAGUACUAGCUCCAAAUCUACGCCUUAUAACAUAAAGGAGAACAAAGUCAAUGUAGGUCCCCAUAUGGUGAGGAUAGGUACGAAAACCAACAACAAAGAAUCUACCACCCCUUCUAGAACUGUUUUCAUCGGAAACAAAGCUCACGUAGUAGAUUCUCCUCCAGCCAGGGAUCAAACACUUUAUGACGAUGAGAUAGAGGACGAUAAAGGUAUCGGUUUCGGUGGUAAGCCUGAAGAUACCCAGGUGUCCCAUGAUGGUAACAAGAAAUUAUUCAGCAAAGACAAUACUGGCAGUGGAAUCUUCAUUCACAAACUUAAAGUUAGGAAAGGUGGUGUAGCCAUUGCUGGACCAGGGGGUAUAGCUACAGCUGGAGAUGGAGGUACCGCUAUAGUAGGUCCAAAUGGUUAUGCUUAUACCCAACCAGAUAGUCUAGCUAUAGCAGGGACAGGUACCAAGGUAAUUGCUGUGGAACCAACUAUCAACUUGAGUGAUCUUUUGAAGAAUAAUAGAUCUAGGUUAGAAGGUGUUAAUGGACAAAGAAUAGGCAAAGUGGUAGCAGUUGGUCCAGUCAUUUAUUACAACAAAGGCUAAAGUGGUAAUGGAAAAGAAGCUAAGAAAUGUCAUGGAAAUAGAUGCGAUUUUAAAGCUGGAAUUCAUCGAUUGCAUGUUAUAUCAGACAGUUUGAAUUUUGGCUACAACCUUGAGAUCUCUAUAAUGAGAAAAGUGAUAAUUGUUUGUGUUCAACUCAAUUGUUGAUCAUUGCGACUGUAUUAUAUGAAUUGCUGAUAUGAAAGUAUUACGAUAUAUUAAAGUGUUCCUGUAUUUUAGAUUUUAAGUAUUCAUUAUCAAUUCAUCUGUAAAUAUUCACUAUAAUUCAUAAUAAUAAAUCAUAUCUGAAUAAUU